AUGGGUCGCAAGGGCGGGCUGGCAGCGCGGUUCCAGAGCCUGGACGCGUAUGCCAAGACAAUGGACGACUUUAGCAUCAAGACGCGCUCAGGCGGCAUCCUGACAGUACUGACAGGUUUGAUUAUUUUUGUCCUGGUGGGACACGAAUUCGCCGCAUACCGCAGGGUCGAAAUGCAGCCAGAGCUAGUGGUGGACAAGGAGCGCAUGGAAAAGAUGCAGAUAAACCUGGACAUGAGCUUCCCGCGGGCGCCAUGCGUACUUUUGGGUCUGGACGUAAUGGACUCGUCGGGCGAGCAGCAGAUAAACCUGUUCCAGCACGUAACCAAGACACGGCUGAGCAAGACCGGAGCAGAGCUGGGCGUGGACGACUCGGCGCGAUUCAAUGCCAGCAAGGCCACGCCGCCGCCGGAGACAGGACCGGACGGGAAGCCGUACUGCGGGAGCUGCUACGGGGGCGUGCCGCCAGCCAGCGGCUGCUGCAACACGUGCAGUGAGGUGCACCAGGCGUAUAUUGAGCGCGGGUGGGCAUUCACCGACCCAGAGUCGAUCGAGCAGUGCGUGCGUGAGGGCUACACGAAACACAUGAAGGAGCAGCAGGGCGAGGGAUGCAGGAUGCGCGGCUUCAUUGAAAUCAACAAGGUGGCGGGGAACUUCCACAUUCUGGCUGCUUCGGCCGCGAGUUCUCAGGCCCAGAGCAACCCUUUGGAUGGCGUUGUGAAGACUGCCAAGACGCAGGCCAUGCAGUACCAGUAUUUCACAAAGAUCGUCGGCUCUGAAGUGCGCUACCGCAAUGGUACCGUGCUGAAAUCCAACCAGUACUCAGCCACGGAGUUUGCGCGCGGCGACCAGCCAGACAUGCAUGUGCGGGUGAACCCGGGCGUGUUCUUUAUCAUGCGCGCUUCGCUGGGCUCAUUCCUGACCGGCGUGUGUGCCAUCAUCGGCGGUAUCUUCACUGUGGCGCGGCUCAUCGACGGGUUCGUGUUCCGCACCGAGCGCGCUUUGCAGAAAAAGCACUGA